CAAGCUGGCACAGAAGGGCCUCGGCGAAAGAGUAAACACACAACUCGGGAGGAAAUUUUGGGAAUGAGAGAAACCGUCAAUUCAGAGUCAUCAUGAGUGAGGGCGAGCCGACUACGAGAGACAGGGUGGUGGAGCUGCUGAAUACAGCGGCUUUCCUGCCCUCGGAGAAAGAAAGGAUCGGUCAACUGGUUCAGGUGCAGGAGCUGAUCAUCCACCGUGAACCUGAUCUCCUCGACUCGUUCUUUGAGGAAGUGGCAGCUUUCCAGACGGAUCGGAACUCAGAUGUCCGCAAAUUUGUUGUUGGGUUCAUCGAGGAAGCUUGCAAGAAAGAUGUUGCUAUGUUGCCACGUCUGGUGCCAAAUAUUCAGUUGCUGUUGCAAGACGAAGGAGUGGCUGUGGUGAAACGUGUUGUGCAGGCUGCAGCUCAGCUUCACCGUGCUACUCUGGCAUGGCUGUCUUCUGCCCGCACCGUCACCCCUGAGAUGGAGCAAGUCUGGCACAUUAUAACUUCCAUUAAGAAUUCCAUUAUUAUAAUGAUUGACCAUGAUAAUGAUGGAGUGAGGACACAGGCCAUAAAAUUCCUAGAGUCUUUAGUUUUGCUGCAGACGUAUACAGAGGCUGAUUCUGUUGUUCGCGAUGGGGAGUUCAACCUUGACCAAGUUCCUCUUACACUCAAAGUAGCUAGGCCGAGAAAACUUGAAGAAGAGGCAAGGAUGGUUCUCAACAAACUGAUAGCUUUCCAAGGCUCCAUCCAUAUCAGCUCUGUCAACCUUAUGACAUGUAUGUCGUCGCUGACCAUCAUCGCAAGGGCACGGCCACAGUUCCUUGGCAUGAUUAUUAAUGCACUUGAGAUCCUACAUGCCAAUCUACCUCCUACACUCACCAAAUCACAAGUAAACAGUGUGCGGAAACACCUCAAGAUUCAGAUGCUAAACCUCCUGAAGCAUCCUGCAUCCUAUGACUACCAUGAACACAUUACAACAGUCCUCAAUGACCUGGGCAUCACAGCAUCAGAGGUAAACAAGUCAAUGCCAUCCAAGGAUCAAAUCAGGAAGAGGGUGCGCCGGGACAAGUCUUCGGAGGAAGCCUCUGAAUCGCCAAACAAGAAAGCCCGGGUGGACCAUGAUGACAGCAGCAAGAACAAGAAGGAAAAGAAGGACGAGGUGGAGGUGGAGAGAAAGAACUCUGCCAUUGACAUCACCCAGAGGUGGUUGGUGGAGAAGCUGACCCCAGAUAAUGUUGCUAGCUUGGUUAUGGUUACAAUGCUGAAUCUACCGGAUGAAAUGCCACCCUUGUUCAGUGCUGGAUACAGCCCCAUCACAGCAGCUGGCACAUCACCACAAAUCCAGCAUGUAGGAAGGCUUAUUGCAUCGCAGCUAACAGCAGCAGGUGUAGGGCCUGGGGUGGAGCAAGCCAAAGAAGAGGAGGCAAAGACCAGCAGUAACAUGGACCAAGAGAGUGAUGAAGAGAGUAAGGAAAUUUCUCGCCUUGUGGGGGGGAAGGUGCAGGUGCAAGAAGAGGAAACAAUUCAGCAGAGUGGUCCAGUGCUAGUGCCAGCAGGUGUGAUUGGACGACCCCUGAGGCACAAAAUCAAGACCAUGAAGUUAGCAGAGGUCACAAAACCACUCUCCUCAUCCUCUAAUACCAAACUCCAAAGCCUGCUGUUCAAACGACUCAUGCGCUGCGACAAAGUGAUGCUUCAUGGGGAGGGACCAAAGCACCGCAUGAGGAUCCUCACAGUUUUGUCCGGAUGCAUCAGCCAUCAGGAGAGUGAUGCACUAGAAGAUUUUAUACUUGAAGACAUGCAGAACAGGGCUGACCUGCUCUUCUCCUGGCUCUUCUCAGAGUAUUCUGUAAACCACGACUUCUCCCUCAUUAACAAAAUCUUGAAUGUUGGUGGAAAGAAAGUGCAAAAGAAGGACAAGAAUUAUCAGGAGAUUCUUGGCAAUAUUGUAAUCAAAGUUUUACUGAAACCAGCUUCCAAGGAGAGAGAUGAAUUCCUGUCUCGGCUGUUUCUGGAAUGCCCCCAUGUGCCUGAAGAUCUCAUACUGUCACUAGUGCGCGUUGGUAGUCAAGGUACAGACUCGAUCACCUCCGUUGCCAAUACCCUCAAAGAUACUGCCGAAUGGAGACCUCUCACGGCAAAGCCUGCACUGAAGACUCUGUCCCUCUUAGCAACCCAUGAUCAAGAUUCGGUAAGAGAAGUUGUAACUCCCAUACUUUUGGAACUAUGUGAGCACGAGAAUCUUAGUGAGAUAGUUACCGAGGUUGCUACAGUGUACCUCAAGUAUCUUCUGCUAGAAACGCCGCCAGACUCCUUGUGUUCGCACAACUUCGGACGACCCAACGAACCCAAUGAGUGGACGGAGCCAUUGGUCAAGGCUUGCCUGUAUUUGUAUUUGGCUCUUUUGCCUCUGAAUCAAGCCCUCAUUCAUGAUUUAGCUCAGGUGUACGUAAAGACGGUGAAUGAGGCCAAGCGGGCUAUCCUGCGGCUGUUAGAAGGGCCCAUUCGUCACAUGGGCAUGGACUCCCCGCAGCUCCUCAAAUUGGUUGAAACUUGUCCGAAGGGAGGAGAGACACUCAUCACGCGGAUAAUUCACAUCCUCACUGAGAAAGCACCUCCCAGUGAAGCCUUGGUCUGCCGCGUGCGUGAGCUCUACAACCGGCGCGUGUCUGAUGUGAGGUUCCUUAUCCCAGUGCUCACUGGGCUCAGCAAGAAGGAGGUGAUUGCUGUCCUGCCAAAACUCAUCAAGCUCAAUCCACAUGUUGUUAAAGAGGUGUUCAACCGGUUGUGGGGAGUGACCUUAGACACAGGUGCUUCUCCACUGACUCCUGUGGACCUUCUGGUUGCUCUCCAUCUCAUUGAUCCAGACAAGUGUGAUGUAAAGACAGUUAUCAAAGCCACUGGACUCUGCUUUGCGGAACGUGGCAUUUAUACGGCAGAAGUAUUGGCGUUCGUGCUUCAGCAACUCAUGGAACAGCCACAGUUGCCAACACUCUUCAUGCGCACAGUCAUCCAGACCCUGACACACUACCCAAAGCUACUUAGCUUUAUAAUGAAUAUAUUACAGAGACUCAUUAUUAAGCAGGUGUGGAAGCAGAGAAAAGUCUGGGAAGGCUUCAUCAAGUGUUGUCAACGAGCCGUUCCUCAGAGUUUCACAGUACUCCUGCAGCUUCCUCCUGCCCAGCUGUCUGAUGUCUUUAACAGUGCCUCCGACCUUCAUUCUCAGCUCCUUUCCCAUAUUGCUACACUCACUGAAAACCAGCGAGCUCAUAUCCCAGCCAGCCUGCUAGAGGUUAUUGAAGGGCACAAUCCAGCAUCUCAAGGAUCCCGGCCAAUCGAUCUGCCCCCUUCUGCUCAAGAGAUGUAAUCCUUUUGGAAAUAUGCAGCAUGACCGACAGCCUUCCAGUGAUGAAAAAUUAUUCAGAAAUGUGUAAAAUCAGUAAAACAUAUUCUCAUUCUCUCUCUUUCUCAAGUACCAACCCUUUUAUUCACCAGCCACGUUAUAAUGGCUGCAUCAUAUCUCAUAUAGUUGUAUGAGGUCAGUACAAUUUUUAUAUUAUUUUAACACCUAUAAAGCUGAUUAUAAAGUGAUAUAAGUGAA